CGAUUUUUACCACCAGCUACGAGUCAGUUCCCCUGUCAAAACUGUCAUGAAUUUUCGUAAUGGCUGUCAAAUUUGCGCAUCCGUAACCGCGCACGUCCUAUGGCGGAAAGUUGUUAUUGUUGAACGCGUUUAAUUAUUUUUAACAAUAUUAUGUGUAUUUUUACGUACUUUUUAAGCGAAAAUCUAGCAAUUAGUGAGUGUUAAGUUCUACUGGACCAGUGCCCAGCAGGAUUCCUCCACGCAAACAAGAAUUUCAGUGUCAAAAGGUGAUUGAACGAGACUUCUACUUCUGGAUGGCCCCCUCUACCUUCGCAAGCGGGAGCGCCCCUCCCAGGGGCCCCAUUUGCUGCAGACGCCUCGAGUCUGCGCAGCCCAAGUCGCCCAGGAAAUAGAUGGGCGAGGACCACUGCGCAUCAGCAGCAGCGAAGGACCUCGUCUUUGUCAGCGAGGGGACACUCGGCCAUACCGGGUAUCCCCGCAAGCUUCAGCCAGUUGUCGAUAGGUUGGAUGAUCUGUUGGGCGUGCCGGUGAAAGUCCGCAAACUGGAGCCGUGGAACUCGGUGCGCGUGACGCUGUCGGUGCCGCGCGACGCCGCGCUGCGCCUCCGGCAGCUCGCCCAGCGCGGCGCCCACGAGCUGAGCGCCCUCGGCAUCCUGGGCGUGCAACUCGACGGCGAGGGCGCGCUCCAGCUCAAGCUCGCGCCCCCUCAGGGCCACACCCACGCCUUAGCCGCUCCCGCAGCGGCAGCAGCCCCGCCCAGGCCGCAAGAUGGAGGGGGAACGAGUCCAGCCACUGCGACGACCGCAGCGUUCAAGUCGCCGAACGUGGUGUGUCCGCAGGAUUCGGUGGUACCGGUGCCGCAGGGGAACGGAGUUCAAGUGCCCCAAACAGUGGUGGGGGCUACAGGGGCUGGUUCGAUUGGUGAGGGUAGUCUGACGAAUAAACCGCCCUACGCGGGGCCGUUUCCGUUUGCCAGCAUGAACCAGGCCAUUCACAGCCAAAGCAGCGGCAACAAUUCAACUACCACUGGCAGCCCCACCCCCCAACCUCCCAAACCCCGCCCCCUGGAAGCGCCGCCUCUCUUGCCCCCGCCCUACCCCGGCGUGCGGCGGCCUUCCUCGUCCACGCCCACUCUCCCCUCCGUCGUGCGGAACACGCCCCCUCCCUCCGCUUCGCCCGCGGCGCAAGCCACGCCUCCCGUCACCAUAUCCAGCCCCCUCUUGGUCAAUCUGCUUCAAAACGACCAGGCAGCGACGCCCGGGAAACCUAUGAGACCGCCACCUCUGCCUCAACAGCAGGGUUCUUCUUUGAGUUUGAGUUCUUCGGGAUGUUUAAAGACUGCACCAGUGACGUCGACGUCGUCUCAAGCCGCUAACGUGCUAGUGAAUAUGAGCAACAACAACAAUAAUAGUAGUAACGGUAGUAGUAAUAGUAGUAGCCUUAGCAGCAGCAGCGGUAGUUCACCAAGCGCCUUUAUGAGCACGAACGCGGUGGGAGGAGCUACGAGCAAUAACGCUCCUCCACAGCAGGUGGUUGGAGGGUUUGGCGUGGGGAGAGGCGGUCAGCAAGAGCAACAACAGCAAGGGGGUAGGGUGCAUUAUCAGAGGACACCUCAGGGCAGCAUAAUAGCGUUGAAUAAACCUUUACAAUCAACCGUACCUCUUCAUUCCCAUCCGCAAUCUUUACAGCAAAGAACUCCACCGACACCAACACCGAACCUCCUUCAGUCUCAGUACGGCGGUACUUUACAGAAAUCCGUAGCUUUCGCGCCAAACAGGCAGAUCGCGCAACAGCACACCAUGAAAAUGGCGCAGAACGGCAACAGUGCGCUGAUCGGAACGCCCCCUACAAUCAGUGCCGGCAUGAGUUUGGGCUUGGGACAACAACAGCAGCAACAUCAACAUCAAAUACACGAUAUUUUGAACCACCAGAUUGUUCCUCAAACUUCUACCGCCAAACCUUUACCUUCGCCGCCUCCGUACAGCGUUGCCGUUUCAUCCAGACCGCAUUGGGAGUCCAUCGUGUCGAAUCCGGCAACGCUGCUCGACCUGACACCUUCCUUAACCGAUCUAAAACCCGACGAGCUGGAUGAUUUGCUUCCGGCGUUGGGGCACAGUCCAUUGCCCGAACUCAGCGAGUUGGAGCUUCUUGGUGGGCCCCAAUCGGGCUCUAGUGCUACGGAGAAUGGUACCACCGAUGCUGAUGGAAGAAAAUUCCUUAUAAAUCCUUUGACGGGCGAAUUGGAGCCUCAUUCCAGUGAAGAGAGUGAUGCAGAGGAUGUUAAGGACGUUUUUACCGACCUACCUUCUCCAUUGGGGCUCUCCGACGAAGAUACAAAUUCCACCACCAGACCUGACACUACCACAGAUCAGAGUGACAGCGAAACGCGAUCUAGUAACGAUGGCAACAAACAUCCGAGAGUGAAAAACGCGAAAUCGCGCAGAGAGGGUCGGGAUUCGCCAGCUUUAAAGCCCAAUGAAAAGAUCAAACUUCGUCUGAAACUGGAAAAAUCCGAACCCGUGAACCCCGCCUACAAGGUGGACAUUAGUUUCGUGAACACACAACAGCCGAAAAAGGCCGCGGCCUCGAUAGUUCAAACGACCCUAUCGUCGAGCAGUACUCCGGGCGGAGUGGAGGAAUUGAGGGUACCGCCCUUGCAUAUUUCGCUCAGGGGAAGGAAUUCGGCGGUUAUCAAGAACAAGAGCAAGUCCAGUGAGGGUAGUUCGGCGAAAAAAGUGAGGAAGAUGCAGGCCAAGGCUAGAGAGGCUGCUGGUACAGGUAACGAAGACGACCACCAAUCCACGGACACUACCGCAGGCUCGGACAACACACACAAGAAAACCAAGAAGACGAAAUCGAAUCACGACCACAGAGAACUCCUGUCCGCCCUUUCCGACGAUCCGGUCAAGUUUGCCCUCCACAACCACUACAAGGACAAGCAGAAGGAACGGAGGGGCUCCGACUCGGAACUGGCUCGGUUGGGGGGCCAGGCGGGGGGCCGGAAACACGACGCCAACGGAGCGCUGACUGGUGACGAGAAAAGGCGGCGGCUGAGUCAGUCUGAGGGCGAGAGAUUGAAAGACGACGAAACGCCGACUGUGCCGGGGUCUACAAACGUGGGGACGGUGGGCGUGUUGCCGCAGAAGCCCCGGAAAGAUAAGAUAAAAAUUAAGGAAAGCUUUAAAGUGAAAGACCUGAACCGGAAGUUAUACGCGGCCGUCACCACGAAAAACCAGGAAAAAUCGCUGCAAAAAUCGUCAUCGGUGACGUUGCCGACAGCCAGUGACGUAGACAUGGAGGCCAAGAUCAAACAGAGUCUCAUGGAGGGCGUGAUAGGCGAAAAAGGGGUCCCUAGGCCUCCUCACCGAACUGUGGAAAUUGUUGGGCACGCUAUGACCGAUUCGGGAUGUGCUAGGCCCGUUAUAACACCUGAUAAGAUGUCGAAGAACCCUUUAAACGCGGUGACGUCACAGACGACGAAAGAAAAAACGCCCGAACCUGACAAGUGCAACGUGCCCGAUAGGAAAACUUCAGUGGCGGAGGCGCUGCAAGAGAAACAGCUCAACGCCAUAGUGACUACGACUGCGGGGGGGAACAGGUCGCCCAAUUCGGGCAGUAAUGGGGGUCAGGGGGAAGACAGCGGCAUAGAGAGCAUGGACGCGCUCAGCGAGAAGAGCCCCAAUCAGGCGAGCCAGAGCCCCCACGGCGACAUCCUGCCCAACGUGCUACCCCCUUCCUCGGGAACGACCAAGACCCACCACCAAGUGCCUGACAUGCUGGACAUCGAGUCGCAGCUAGCUAAGAUGGAAGGUCUAGACGCGUCCUCCGUACCUGCCACCUCUAAACCCACGACACCUUGCGAGAAUAAAGGAGGCGGAAGCGCGCAACAGGGGGGACAAGGAGGUACGACCGUGGAGGACGUGAACGAGAACGAGUGCGAGCACAGGAGCGAUUCCAAGGCGUGCUGCGAUCUGGCCUGUCAGUUGCAGGACAAGAUGACGGAGGAGGAGGCGCUUAAGGAUAGUAAAGGGAUAGGUUUGAAGAACACCAGCAAAGACGACCAACCCUCACCAAAUUCCCCGCACUCCCUCAGGGUCGCUCCCGCCCUCUACACUUAUCCCACUAAUCCUGGCGAUAAGGGCGGGGGGCACGACUCGAGGGGCGGCAGCGAGAGCCCCGCUCUCACCACUACCGAGGACGAGGACAGCAAUUUGGGCCCCGCGUCCGUAGUACCGGAGCACCCUCAGCAAGUCAAUAACAAGGGAAAGAGUUUGCUGGAACAGCUACUCAUAGAGAUACCGAGCGAGCACCACGGUGCGGGUACGCCCAGUUCGCACAGUCCGGCAACAAGAUCGUCUGUGAGAACGAGAGCAUUGAGCAAGCUGGGUAGUCCCGAAUUGAGUUCUCCCGUACCGAAUAAGAGCGGCAGCAAUAAAACUGCGCAGGUCAAUACCAUCUCCGCGGCGAAAAGAAAAAGAAACGAGAGUGACAGUUCUAACCAUAGCUUGGAAGAGACUAGGAAACGACCUAGGAAAGGUUCAGAAGCUUCAGAGAUGGGUAAACGACCACCCCCCACCUCCAACACCUCCCUGGCUGUCGGCAAAAAGAACAACGCCAAAACGGGCGGCCAAUCGGGCCAGCAGGACGAAAGCUCGGACAGCGACGAGCCUCUGAUCGAAAAGCUGCGCAAAACGGCCCCGAAAACCGCCUCCAAAACACCGAAAGUAGUUCCAGUGACCCCCGUCAUGAAUCAAACGGUGUCAGCUCCUGUUACGGUUAAUAAUAAGACCAAUACGAGGAGGUCGGCGAGGGCGGGACAUUUACUGAAGGAGGAGAAGCAGCAGCUGCAACAGCCCGCGCAGAACACGCGAAGUAGAGAGAAAGGGGCUCAGCUAAAUCAGGCUGCGCAGCAGCAAGCUGUCGCGCAUAAUAUCACUACUCACAGUAACGCGGAGGCCGAGGCUGCGUUGAGGAGGAAAACGAGGAGUGCCGACGUGGAGAGCAAGCGCAAAAAAGAGAUCAAGUGACGUCACGGACCGGGCUGGCCGAUCGCGGAGGUCAGCCACCGCCGCUACCGCCUCUACCUACCGCCCGCGCCGCCCAUCUACGGCCCGCCCUUCCACCGCCCUGCCGCCGCCGCCCCUUUGAGCGACUGCGACGAUAUCGACGACGAGGAGGAGGAGUUGAGCAGCAAUAAUUCAAUAACAACAACCACCACCACAAUGUCUAGCGACGAUGAAGUUGAGCUUGAAUCGGAAGAGGAGGAAAUCGAGGCCGAGGACAGCAGUUCGAUGGCUAGCUUCAGCUCGUCGUCGUUCGGUAGUCAGGAUGAGGAUGAUGACGAUGAUUGAAAGUGGUGCGAGAGUUUGUGAAGUAACUUAAUCGACGGUUUUCUUUACAAAGGCCUUUUUCAGUUUUUAGGGUGGAGGUGGCUAGUCGAAGUAGGUUACGACGACGGUACAUUUGAUCUACUCUUUACUUUCUUUUUCUGAAAAAUAUUGUGAUGCUGUCAGUUUUGAUAUCGUCUUAAAAUUAACUUUUAUAGACUUGGUCCAUUUGAAUUACUUUUUUAGUUAGUAACUUUUCAACACAUAUAUUCUAAGAGAGAAAGAAUAAAUUUGCGGUUUUGUGAAAUUUGUGAAUUUUAAACAGUCCCAUAUAGAUUUUUAUCAAAAAAUCUUGAUUUUGGGGCAUGUUACAUUUGAACUACUUUAUACUUUGUGCUUUAAACAUACUUUUAAACACUCCCAUAUAUAUAUUCUAAGCGAAAAAAAAAAACAAUUUUGCGACUUUGUAUAUUUGAAUUACUUCUUUACUUUUGCUUUAAACGAACUGGCCCAUAUAUAUUCUGAGUGAAAAAAAAAUAGUUUUAAAACAUGCUACAUUUGGACUACUUUUUUGACGGGCCUACUUCGACCGCCUACGUCACCUCCGUAAUUCAAGCAGCUUCUUUUAUAAACGCGUUUAUAUAUUUUGCUCUAGCCCGGACAUGUGUAGUAAGCGUACAAGAAACCACUAAAACUUCCCAAUGUGCCUUCACUAUUGUGUAUAUUAACUAAAUAAACAAAAAAAAACAAAAUAUAAAUAAAUAAUAAUAAUCGUGUAAGUAUACUAAAUAACUUAGUGUUCAGAAUUUAAAAGCCUUCAAGAAUGGUUGGAUAGAGAUAAGAUUGAGGUUAGGAUGUGAAAUAUAUUUAGAUAAAAAGGUUUUGUACAGAAAAUCGUUGGUUUGCUUUAAUUUCGGGCGGUUUUGUGGUUAGAAAUACGGUAAAAUAAAAUAAAUCCCCACUCUUCGGUAUAUUUUGUAUAGAUUGUGAUACUACGCUAUUGGCGGAGACGAGGUUAUGUGAAAUUGGCCUGUUUUAACUCACUGUGAUGUGUGAUCAAGCGUGUGAAAAGCGAAGUAUGAAAAUGGAUGCUGCGAUUUUUUUAUUUUAUAUUUUUUUCUAAAAAAAGUUGAUCGGGUAACAGGGAAUAUGAAGGGUCUAUAUAAAAAAUUACAGUAAUUUUAGUUCUCUUUUGUUUGCUAUUGUUUGUUGAAUUUAUAUCGAUUUUUUGUGAUUUAUUUCGAAUAAAUUUUCGACAGUUCUUGCUUGAAACUUUAAAACAAUCAAUUUUUUUUUUAAUUUAAAUCACAGUAUAAAGACUAGAAUGUUAAAAACUCAAAAAUAUUUUUUUAUAAAUAUUUAUGAAUAUUUUCUAAAAUUUUUGAUUUAGAUUAAAUAAAAUAUAUACUAUACUAAAACUUAAUUUUGUGAGACGGUACAUUUGAACUACGUCUUUAUUUGUUGCUUUAAAGAAACUUUUAAACAGUCUCACAGAUAUUCUGAUUGAAGCUCACUAUUAAGUGAGACUCUAUACAUUUGAGAGACUACUAUUAAGUGAGACUCUAUACAUUUGAGACUCUAUACAUUUUGAGACUCUAUACAUUUGAACUAUUUUUUUUUGAUACCUAAUCUAAUUUAAAAAAAUGUAUACAAAAUAUUAAUGUCAUAUUUUAUGCUGUGAUUUAGUCAUCAACUUGAUAGAACCUGUGAUUUAUACUUUUCUACACUACAGAAAUCCUUAUUAAAAAUAUCUGUAUAAAAUAAUCUGUUUAUUAUUUUAUUUAUUAAUUUUUUUCUUACAUAAGGACUGACUUUACUAUGUUUAGAGAAAUUUUAGAAUUUUCAUUUUUGUUUUAUUUUAUUUUUAUUUUACUUUUUAUUAGGCUAUUAUAUACACCCAGCAAUAUUUUUAUUAAAUAUUUAUAUACAUACAUAGAUGGUAUAUAAUUCUUUAAGUGCAAAAAUCAAGUGUUAUAUUUGUUAUAUAUUGUUUUUUUUGGCUAUAAUGAGUGAUGAAUUUUUUCGUUAAAACAGCGUCAAUUUCAAAAAAAGUUUCCGUACGUUGAAUCAAUUAUUUUGAAAAAAAAAGAACAUUGAGGUAUAUUUUUAACGACCCUGUAUAUAGUUUUUUUAGGCGGAAUUCAGAUAAUUUGUUUUUCUUUAUUAUUUUUUUGUCUCUUCUUUUUUUUUGUAUAUAAUAUAAAUAUUAGUUAUAAAUAAGCGAAGAGCUAUAGUGCUUUAGGUGAAAAUAAAAUUUUUAAGAAAGUGUAUAUUAUUAAAUCUAAAUAAGAAAGAAAAAUAUUGUACAUGUGGUAUUUUACAUACAGAACUAUCCCCUUGGCAUAAUAUAAUAUAUUAUACAUUACGUAAGUUUAAGUCUUAUUUUUUUCUUUUUUUAUUAAUAAUUUUGUUUGAAAAAAGUGUAUUUUAUGUAAAAAAGAUGCGACGUUGCCAGGUGUGUUCCCUAAAAAAAGGCUCUUUGAAAUCAUAAUCAUUAACUGAAUUUCUUUUACAAACUUAUUUAUUAUAACACUACCUGAACACUAUACAUCGUUUUUUAAGCAGCUGGUUCAUCAAGAGAUUUUUACCAUUUAAUUUAGAUACAAAUUCGAAGGUUUUGAGUUAAGGUUAGUACUAGAUGUACUUUAUAAAAUAUUUUCCAAUUUCUGGCACUUUAACGAGAUAUUUUUGCUACUUUGUAUAUUUGAACUACUUCAUUUUAUGGUUUAAAUGAAAUUUUAAAACACUUCCAUAUAUAUUCUGAACAAAAAACUUAAUUUUGGGUCAUGCUACAUUUGAACUAAUUUCUUGAGAGAUCUUAGCGAAACCUUUUCUAAAAGAACAAAUUUGUAGUGUCAGCGUCAAAUACAACAUGUCAAUACAAAAAUCUGAUACGUUUGAACUACUUCUUUAUUUUAUUCUUUAACGAGACUUAAACACUCUCGUAUACAUUCUAAUCGAAAAUCACUUAAUUUUGCGACUUGAUACAUUUGAACUACUUUUUUGUGUUACUAACAAAAUAUAUAUGGUGUUCUAUUUAAAAUAAGCAAAUUUACAGCAACUUCCGGUUAAACGAGAAAUGCCAGUAAGUGGGAAAUAAUAUGGAAAGGAAGAAAACCUGGAAAUAACCUUAAUCAUUCAAAUCUUUUAAUGCGGCAGUUUUGCGUGAAAACCCCUGUAUAUAAAAAUGACUUUACAAUGAUUUUAUCGAAUCCUGUUUUAUGGGAAUAUAUAGAUAAAAACUCUUUUUAUAGGCGUUAUGUACAAACUCGUUGUUAUAACAUUUAUUGUUUUUCUUUUUAUACUAUUAUUAUUAUUCUUAGUUGUAAUUUGUUUCACACACAUUAUCUAAUAACAGUGGUGACGUCACGUCGUAUACGUGUCGCUGUUUUCGGUUACAGUGUCUCCAUCUAGCGGUUGUUGGGCGAACUAAGGAAAAACAGUAAUGGAAUUUGUAUUAAUUCGGAAUUUAAAAGUUUUUUUGUUGCUAGAUGGCGUGCGAUUACUGUACGUUUUACGUAAAAUACAUUGUUAUUCAAGCGCUAAUGUUCUUACUUGUAGAUUGUGGACAGGUUGAAUAUAAAAAUAUACAUUGUUAAAUAGAAAUACCCUGAUAUUUAAAAAAGAA